AUGGUUGAUGUGCAGGUGGCCUCUCGUGACUCGACCGUGCUUAAAAAAAUUGUGAGCCCCCUCCGCCGGCGCCGCCGGUCGGUCGUCCUCCGCCUCGACGACCUCUCCCUGCCCCCGCGCUACCUCACCGUCCCCUCCCACCUACCGGUCUCCGACCUCCUCGGCGCCCUCCCGCUCCCCUCCUCCUCCUACUACCUCACCUCCGGCGGCCGCCCCCUCGCCCCCUCCUCCCGCGUCGCCGCGCUCCCGCCCUCCGCCUCCGUCCAUCUCCGCCUCCGCGCGCUCCGCGGCGGGGGUGGGGAUGGGGGCGCCACGGGCGCCGAGUCCCGCGACUGCUACCUCUCCAUGUACCUCGCCAAGAAGCCUGACAAGGCGGACCCCAACGAGGCCCGCCUGUCGCGCUUCACCUGCUGCGCUCUCUCCGGGGAGCCCCUCGCCGCGCCCGCCGUUGCCGACCGCCUCGGGAACCUCUACAACAAGGAGGCGCUCGUCGAGGCGCUGCUCCACAAGCGACUGCCCAAGGCGCUGUCCCACAUCCGGGGGCUCCGAGACAUGAUCCCCAUCCACCUGCACCCGAGGCCGGACGCGGACGCAGCCGGGGAGGAGGUCCGGUUCGAGUGCCCCGUCACGGGGCUGGAGUUCAACGGGAAGUACCAGUUCCUGGCGCUCCGCGGGUGCGGCCACGUGCUCAGCGUGAAGGCGCUCAAGGAGGUGAAGACGUCCGCGUGCUUGGUCUGCCACAAGGAGUUUGAGGAGGCGGACAAGAUGCCCAUCAACGGGACCGAGGAGGAGGUGGCCGUGCUGAGGAAGAGGAUGGAGGAGGAGAGGGGGAAGGUGAAGGAGAAGAAGGACAAGAAGGUGGGCAAUGGCCUGAGCGGCACUAAGCAUGCUGCUGCUGCUGCUCUGACGGCGGCAGGGGCUGAGAAGUUGGAGAAUGGUAAGAAGGGGGAGGCUGCCACGGCAAAGCGUUUCAAGGCCGCGGACCAUGCGCCAGCCCAUGCCAAUAAGGAAGUGUAUGCGUCGAUUUUCACAUCCUCCAGGAAGUCAGAUUUCAAGGAGACAUAUUCAUGCCGGUCGCUUCCGCUGGGAAGGAAUUGAUUUCUUGCUGGGAGAGUAUGCAUGGAGGUGUGACCUUUUGUACCGAUUUGCUUCAUAUCAUGGCUCGCCCACAAAUUUCAUGGUUUGUUUUAGUUGCCGUUGUUAUUUAUGUCCGAUUGGUGAUGCAGAGCUAUGAUAGGGCAGGCACUAUAUUCAAAUGAAUGAUGCGUGAAAUAUGCAGCAGUUAAUCUUGUGUAGCAACCUUCUUGAAUACAGUGGUAAGGGGUUCUAGAACAAAUGCUUGCACAGGAGCAAUCAUGGUUGUAACCUCUGCAUACAGUUAAAUCAAACAGUUCAUAUGUAAUAUUCACGGUGUACUUAUUUUGAUUCUCAUACAUCAUCUACAAAGAAUACAAUCCAUGGAAAUAGCAAACAAUUA